UACUAAUUUCGCUAAAUUAGUUGGUUGAAACAACUUAUUGUUGUGAAUAAGCUGUUUUUGAACAAGUUGUUCAUUGUAUACCAGUUAACAAAAUCAGUUGGUCAAAUUAGCCACUGUAAUCAGCUAGAAGCUAUCAGCCGUUUGCCAUACAACCACUUUGAUUUAGUACGAAGAUCAAUGCUAUAAUCAAAACCCGAAAAGAUAAAAUAUAAAAGAAAAAGCGCGUCUAGGAAACAAUCGACAGAUACUCAUCACUUGUAUAAAUGGGGCUGCAUAUAUGGUACUGUGCAGAAAGUGUAACACAACUUUUAGAAGAAACAGACUUUAUACUUGUCUCUUGCUUCUUUAUAAUCAUGAAUAAGGGUCUGAUCAUUAGGGAAUUUAAUGCAGAAACUGAUUCCCAAAAUGUAGUGAAGCUUGAAAAGAAGUGUGCAAUAGGUUCUAAUAAGAAUGCAUCUAUAUUUUGUGAUACAAUGGAUGACCCUUUAUGUAAAAUAAGGUUCUUCUCUAUCAGUCUGAUGUUGGUUGCGGAGAUGGCGGAGCAUGGGGAGCUUGUUGGAGUAGUCCGAGGGUAUAAUAAAGAAGUUGGGUUUGGUCUUACGAAGUCACAUUCAAAGAUGGGAUAUAUAUUAGGCCUUCGAGUCUCUCCAACACACCGGCAGAUGGGAAUCGGAAAUAACCUGAUGAAAUCGAUUGAAGAAUGGCUCGCGAGAAAUGGUGCUGAGUAUGUGUAUGUAGCUACCGAGGAGAAUAAUGUCGCCUCUAGAAACCUGUUUACCCGCAAAUGUCAUUACAAUGUAUCGGUUCCUCUACAGAUAUAUGUUCGACCUGUUCAUAGGUCUAGCAAGAAACCGAGUUGGAAUAUAAACGUAAAGAAGUUACAAGUUAACCUAGCUGUUUCCUUGUAUAGAAAACAGAUCAAAUGCAAAGAUUUUUACCCACAUGAUAUGGAAUCAAUCUUGAGAGGGACACCGAGCCUUGGCACUUGGGUGUGUUAUUACAAUGACGAGGAUUGGGAAGACGUUCCUAUAAAGGAUCAUAACACGGACACUACAAGACCGAGAUCUUGGGUUAUUUUUAGCUUAUGGAAUAGCCGCGAGGUUUACAAGCUUCAAAUUCAAAGGACUAAUCCUUUGCAUUGCGCAUUGUACUCGGCUUUAAGUCGUGCAAGGGAGGUCAUUUUCCCUUGCUUGGAAUUGCCGUUGGUACACGGGUCGUUUCAAAAACCGUUUGGAUUCCUUUCUAUGUAUGGAGUCUUUGGAGAAGGAAAAAGGCUAAGGGAGCUAAUGAAGGCGGCAUGGAACUUUGCUACUAAUUCGGCUAAAGAUAUGGAUUGUUCGCUUGUAAUGACUGAGAUUGGCGACUCUGAUCCCGUCAAAAAAUAUAUUCCUUUGGGACGGUCUAUGUCGUGCAUCAAAGAUGUUUGGUACUUCAAACAUAUUGAUAAUCUUGGUGAUAGUAAAGAAGAGAAAACAUUGGCAAUAUCUGGUUCAUUAGGGAAUGUGCUUGUUGAUCCAAGAGAUUUCUAGAUAAAGUAGCUAGAAUUGGAUUUUAUGUAUUAGAAAUCUCCUUGUAGUUGAGUAUUAGAUGAUGGCUACUAUGCUUGCUUCCUAGUAAGAUCCCACAUUGUGACUUACAUUGUAAUUUGUAAUAUGAGUAAGAUUCCAAUCUAGUAGGAUCCUUCAUCUUACCAAUCAAAAAAUCUAGUUCUAUUCUAAAUUGUAAUCGUACAGAACUUAGAUUGGAAAAAAAUAAUUUGAAUUUAUGAAUUUAGAC